AUGGCCAGCUCAAGUUCCACAUCGCGAGCCGGAGAUGCGAGCUCUUCCUCGGGACAGAGUCAGUCCAAAACAGGAGCGACACAUAAGGUCUGUCUGGUGUGUUCAGAUGAGGCGUCCGGCUGCCACUACGGCGUGGUGACCUGCGGCAGCUGCAAAGUGUUCUUCAAGAGAGCGGUGGAGGGAUGGAGAGCGCGCCAAAACACUGAUGGGCAACACAACUAUCUGUGUGCCGGGAGGAACGACUGCAUCAUCGACAAGAUCCGCAGGAAGAACUGUCCGGCCUGCCGCUUCAGGAAGUGUCUGCAGGCGGGAAUGAACCUGGAAGCGAGAAAAAACAAGAAGCUGAUAAAGAGAGUCAACCACACGCGGCCUCCGUCCCGGGACCCCACGGCCCACAUGACUGUCCCCAUCAUCCCAAUGGGGUUGUCCCAGCUGGUGCCCACCAUGCUGUCGGUGCUGAAGGCCAUAGAGCCUGAAAUCAUCUACUCUGGCUACGACAGCACCGUCCCGGACACCUCCUCACGCCUCAUGACCACCCUCAACCGCCUCGGGGGACAGCAGGUCAUCUCCGCCGUCAAGUGGGCCAAGUCCCUGCCAGGCUUCCGUAACCUGCACCUGGACGACCAGAUGACGCUGCUGCAGUGCUCGUGGCUGUUCCUCAUGUCGUUCAGUUUGGGCUGGAGGUCGUAUGAGCAGUGCAACGGCAGCAUGCUGUGCUUUGCCCCUGACCUCGUCAUCAACAAAGAGCGGAUGAAGCUGCCGUUCAUGAGCGAGCAGUGUGAGCAGAUGCUGAAGAUCUGUAAUGAGUUUGUGCGGCUGCAGGUGUCGUACGAGGAAUACUUGUGUAUGAAGGUGCUGCUGCUGCUGAGUACAGUCCCAAAAGACGGUCUGAAAUGCCAGGCAGUGUUUGACGAGAUCCGCAUGACGUACAUCAAAGAGCUGGGAAAGGCCAUCGUGAAAAGAGAGGAGAACUCCAGUCAGAACUGGCAACGCUUCUACCAGCUCACCAAGCUCCUGGACUCCAUGCAGGAGAUGGUAGAAGGCCUCCUCCAGAUCUGCUUCUACACCUUCAUGAAUAAAACUCUGUGCGUGGAAUUCCCGGAGAUGUUGGCGGAAAUCAUCUCCAACCAGAUACCAAAACUCAAAGACGGCAGUGUCAAGCCGCUGCUGUUCCACUCGAAAUGA